GCGCCUUAACCCGGAGCGGGCGGCAUUGGCUCGGCCCCGCGAGCCUCGCUCCGAAGCUCCUCCUCCGUUCCGGUCUUUCUAGAAACUCAUCUUUGCUCCCGACCGCGCCGGACAGCGUCCCCGGCGCUCGCGAAUCCCGGAUGGCGGAUACGACCCCGAACGGCCCGCAGGGGGCCGGCGCCGUGCAAUUCAUGAUGACCAACAAACUGGACACGGCAAUGUGGCUCUCUCGCCUGUUCACUGUUUACUGCUCUGCUUUGUUUGUUCUGCCUCUUCUUGGGUUGCACGAAGCGGCAAGCUUUUACCAGCGGGCUUUGCUGGCAAAUGCUCUUACCAGUGCUCUGAGGCUGCACCAGAGAUUACCGCACUUCCAGCUCAGCAGAGCAUUCCUGGCCCAGGCCUUGUUAGAAGACAGCUGCCACUACCUGUUGUAUUCACUCAUCUUUGUCAACUCCUACCCUGUUACAAUGAGUAUUUUCCCAGUCUUGCUGUUCUCUUUGCUUCACGCGGCUACAUACACGAAAAAGGUCCUUGAUGCAAAGGGUUCAAAUAGUUUACCUCUACUGAGAUCUGUCUUGGAUAAAUUAAGUGCUAAUCAACAAAAUAUCCUGAAAUUCAUUGCAUGUAAUGAAAUAUUCUUGAUGCCUGCUACAGUCUUUAUGCUUUUUAGUGGUCAAGGAAGUUUACUCCAGCCAUUUAUAUACUAUAGAUUUCUUACUCUUCGGUAUUCCUCGAGAAGAAAUCCUUAUUGUCGGACUUUGUUUAAUGAACUACGGAUUGUUGUUGAACAUAUAAUAAUGAAACCUGCUUGCCCCCUGUUUGUGAGAAGACUUUGUCUCCAGAGCAUUGCCUUUAUAAGCAGACUGGCUCCAACAGUUGCGUAGUUUGAUAUCCAGCUAAGUUAUCUAUAAUCUUAGCAUUCUUAGCAGCUGGUACUUCUGUUAGGGAUUGUUAAUUCCAAAUGUAACACUGACCUCAAUCUAAUUUACAUAAUUCACAUAAAUGCAUCUCAAUGGAAAUCAUGUACCUGGCAUGUUAAAUCAAGCCUUCUGAAAAAAGUUCCCGAGAAAAAGUUUUCUGUGCUCUGUUGUUAAUGAUUAAGGAAGUUUGUAUAUUAUGAUCAUUGUAUCAAAAAUUUUUAGAUGCUGCUGUGCCUUUAUCAUGAAGUACAUUUAUUUCUCUUGUGGAGCUCUAAAAUUUAUUUAGACCUAAUUGGUAAUCUGAAUUUAUAUCUGGCCUGAGUUCAUUACGGUGAUAUUAAAACAUAGAUGAAUUCAGUAUAUUUUGAGACAGUAUUUUGCCAUUCAGUAAUUUUAGUUGAUGAUUUUGACACUGUAUUUAAUUUCAAAUUAUUUAAAGUGAUUUUGUGCUGCUUUGUUGGGACAAGUUUAUUUUGGAUGUACUGUUUUCAGGAAUUUUCUCUGUGUCUUAGGCUGUGACCUUGCAAAAUUUUGUUUCCAUCAUUUUUUCUGUGACUUUUUUAAAAAAUUUUAAGCUUAUUAGCCAGUAGGUUAAUAUUUGGGGUCACCUACCCAUUUUACAUCAGAAAGCAGUAGUCAUACAGCUUGCUUUCAGAGACGCAUUGAGUAAGUGAAAUUUCUCAAAUACGAAACUCUUUUCCUAGGUUGUUAGUAUUAUUUUAAGUUAUAGAGUUACCUACAUAAGAUUCUUGACUGCCAAUUUUCUUGGUUUCUUAGGCUUGACUUUUCAUAGACAAAUGCAGCAGUUCAGAUGCCUUUGAAAGGAAUGUAGCUGAAGAUUGAGCAUGUGAACUAUACUUGGUUUCUGUUCAGAAAUAAUAAUGAAGAUUAUCCUAUAAAUUACAUAUUUACCCAUCAAAUUUGAUUUAAAAGGUUAGAUCAAAAGGUAAUGAUUAAGAAGGAUGCUGGAGAAGAGGUUGGGGUAAAGUGUGCAUUUUAGUUUCGUAAAACAUAGAUAAUUUUGAUGGAAUUAGGUUUAUUAUGCAACUGUGAUUUGAGUUGUAGAAGAUGUUAAAUUGUUUGUUGAGCUUCCAUAUAUUUCUUUAUAAAUUCACUCUGAUCUUCAUUAUCGUUGCAUGAUUGAAAAUGUUUAAAACAUGCAAAAGUUUUAGUAUAAUGUAAUGGUUUUUGUGACCAAUUUUCUUCUGUCUGCAUGUAAUAUGGAUUUCUCCAAUACACACACUACUAACUUACCAAUAACAUUAGUUUUCCUUCAUUCAACUCCCAGUCUAUAAAAAUGUGAUCUGCCUUGAUAACUCAACUGUAACCAUCUAUUUUUGUAUUUUUGUAAUAUUUAUCUACUAAGUUAGAGAAAUUGCUUCUUACCAUUUAGUUGAUGUGUGUAUGUAUGUGUGUGUGGGCUAGCCACAUUUUCACUCUAUGUGUGUUCUGAUGGUUUUAAGAACUAAAUUUUUUAGAGCAAUAAAGUAACUAUAAUGUUAAGUAACCAGUAUAUUAUUGAUUUCUAGUGAUGUUUUUAAAAAUUAAGUGUUAU